AGCAAAACAAAACAAAACAGCUUUCUACAUGUAGCUAGUUUUCGACAUGGUUUUGUGUUUUGCCUUAGCUGUUUGCGUGAACAGACGCCGUCGUACCAUGAGGAAUACAUUAUUUGGUUUUUAGCUAAACGGUAGCGGCGUUUGUCACACGAGAUUUGUAACCAUUUCUCGGAAAAGGUUGUUAUUUUUAGCAGGAUAGCCCAAUGUUAGGAGCUAAUCGCGCAACGGUGCACAUUCUGUUUUGGUGCCUUUAUCCGCAUUAGAGACAUUAUCUAAUCAGUACAGUGCAAAACGAUAGCUUCAUUGGUCUAAAGUUACAAUUUAAAACGUAGGUUUUAAACACGCGUAUUCGCUGGAACAUGGCUAACGUCGUGUCGUAGCUAGCUCUCACCGAGGGAUGCACUAUUUGGGAUUUUGACAAUUACGCAACGCAGGAAGUGUGGUGUCACAACAAUGGGCGAAGAUCGUCUCUAGUUGGUGUAGCUGCCGCCGUGUCACUUAGAUCAUGUAUGACGUGAAGUGUCUAUUGCCCAAGAGAGCCCUGCACACAACUUAAGGUUCACUCGAAUCACCAUCAGUGAUAUUUGUCCGCCUCGUUUACCUGCAAAAUGCCUGGGAUGGUGGCUUUCGGUCGGCGCUGGGGGAUAGCCAGCGAUGACCUCGUUUUCCCCGGCUGCUUUGAACUCUUCAUCCGUGUGCUUUGGUGGAUUGGCACCAUGAUCCUGUUCAUUUAUCACAGGGAUCAUUUUGAUUGUAACGGGAGAGGAGUCCUCUACAGCUACCUGGUGGGACUGCUGGUUGUGCUGGGGCUCAUCAUCUUGUCACUGUGCGCUAUUGUCUAUGUCAGUGCACAAGGUACCAUCACAAACCCGGGCCCUCGGCGCUCUAUGCCCGCGCUGGUCUACCUUCGAGCUGUGCUGUACCUUCCCGAGCUAGUGUGGGCCUGCCUGGGAGCUGUGUGGGUGUCAGAUGACAGUCAGGGUUGUGACCUUCCCACAGUGGGUGCUGUCAUCUCAGCGGUGAUAGCCAGCUGGAUCAUCCUGCUGUUCACGGCGCUGGGCGUGGUGUUUGUGUUCGACCCCAUUGGGAACCCCCGUCCUCAGCCUGCCCCCGUGGAGCCGCUGGGAGUGCGAGACCUGCAGAGCAGCGAGGGAAACCAGUUUCUGUCCACCGCUCGGUCCCUGGCCGUCAAGGUGUGGGAGAGCAGGCUGCGGCUCCUGUGCUGCUGUCUGCCGCAGGACGAAAGCCACCGGGCCGCCUUCUCCAGCAUCGCGCAGCUCUUCGGCAGCUUCUUCUCCGACACGGACCUGGUUCCCAGCGACAUCGCGGCCGGCUUGGCUCUGCUGCACCAGGAGCACGAUAAGAUGGAGCUAAGCAGAGACCCAGACUCCGUGGUCGCUCACAGCCCUUCCUCUCCCAUCGGAGAAGAUUUGGAGUCCGAGUUGGAGAAAGCAGCCCACUGGAUGCAGUUUGCUGCGGCAGCUUACGGCUGGCCGCUGUACGUUUACUCCAACCUCCUUACCGGACCCUGCAAACUCAGUGGAGACUGCUGUAGGAGUCGUGCGGCCGAGUAUGAAAUCGUCGGGGGAGACCACCUCGGCUGCCACUUCUCGUCCAUCCUGCAGACCACCGGCCUCCAGUACAGAGACUUCAUCCACGUCAGCUUCCACAACCAGAUCUACGAGAUCCCUUUCUAUGUGGCUCUGGAUCAUAAGAGGGAGGCCAUCCUGGUGGCUGUCAGAGGGACUCUUUCACUGAAGGACGUCCUGACAGACCUGUCGGCUGAAUGUGAGGACCUGCCUAUAGAGGGAGUGUCUGGCGCCUGCUACGCUCACAAGGGAAUCUGCCAGGCGGCGAGUUACAUCUACAAGAAGCUGAUCAAUGACGGCAUCCUGAACCAGGCCUUCUCCAUCGCACCGGAGUAUAAACUGGUGAUCACGGGUCACAGUCUGGGCGCGGGCGCGGCCGCGGUGCUGGCCGUCCUCCUGCGCAAUUCCUUCCCCACCCUGCAGUGCUACGCGUUCUCUCCACCAGGGGGACUCCUGAGUAAGGCCUUAGCUGAUUACUCCAAGACCUUUGUAAUGUCAGUGGUGCUGGGAAAGGAUCUGGUACCCAGACUGAGCAUUCCCAACAUGGAGGAUCUGAAGAGACGGAUACUUAAAAUAGUUUCAAACUGCAACAAGCCCAAAUACCGCAUCCUGCUGCAAGGCUGCUGGUACGAGGUGUUCGGAGGAGAGCCGGACGACUUCCCCACCGAGAUGGACAACAGGAGGGAGGAGAUGCUUAGCCAGCCGCUGCUGGGGGAGGAGUCUCUGAUUAUUCGCAACUCAUCGUCCUAUCAGAGCCUGGGAUCAGACGACUCGCCCGCCCACACGGCUACACACUUGCCCCUCUUCCUGCCUGGACGCAUCAUGCACAUCACUGAAGACGGACCUUCGCGGAGAUCCUGUUUUGCUCAGGUCCGGUACCGUGCGGACUGGUCCAACGAAAUGGCGUUCAGGAGUAUUUUGAUCAGCCCCAGGAUGCUCACAGAUCACAUGCCUGACAUUGUGCUGAAAGCGCUCAACAGCCUGACCGUCGACAAGCCCUACUCCCUCUGCCCUUCGUCUUCAAACAACAGCCAGCAUAACGCUAUCUGAAAUGCACUAGAGAGACUGACUCUUUCUGUCUGUGCUCCCAGACGCCACAGUAUAUAAACCACUUUGUUUGUGUGUCUACGCCUGAUCCAUGGCCUACAAUCCCAAACUUUACGCAUUUGUACGUAUGCAUUUCUUUGGCUCCUAAGCCUUCUCAUUAGGCUUCUCAAACAUCCCACCAUUUGCAUCUGAUUGUUAAACACCACCAGAAUCCGGAGAUUUGCCUGUUGUGAUUUCCAUGAAUGCACCUGACCUUUAAAGAGAAGCGGAUCGGAGCGCAAGGACUUGCUUCUUCAGAUGCACUUUUAAUUAUUUAAUUUAAAUAAUUGGAUUUAUUUUGACUUUAUGAGUCACUCCAUGAGCACCUUCAUGCCAUGAUCACUGAAUGUGCGUUGUGUACAAUAUUUGACAGUGCUGCAGUAUUACUGUGACGUCCGUGCUGUACGUUUUAUGUUUUUGUGUGUGUGUAUGUGUGUGUUUGCUAGAAGGCUGCCUUGGUUCCCGCUCUUGUCUUCCUUGUCUGAUUCACCAUGUGGAGAUAUGAGGGUGACUCAGAACCAUGGACUGAACUUACACACUUUCAGCCACAACAUUAAGACCACAAACAUGUGACGUGAAUAACGCUGAAGGUCUUUUAACAAAAUAAUGUUCUUUUGGGAGACACGGGCCUGAUGCUUUGAUACCAAGCCUUAUGUCAUGGCAACGGCAAAGAGGUUGUUCCUUGCAUCCUGGUGCCAUAUGGUCACCAAGUAAGCGGAGAACAUGCACCUGUCCAUCCACGUGAUGUAAAAGAAAGCGUGAUUCAUCAGAAGAGGCCACCUUUUUCCAGUUCUGAUGCUCCUGUGUGCAAUCCACACUAACACAGCCCUGUGCAAAACAAAUUAAGAUGCCCUGUUAUACUUUUCUGUAGGAACCCGCACCCGGUCGCUUAUUGACCUUUCCCCCCCUUAUUCGGACGUCUUUAUGAGGCACUAACCACGACAAACCAGGGACACCUCACCAUUGCUGUAGCUUUGGAGAUUCCCUGAUGAUCAGUGCUGUUCACUUCACCUGUAGUAGUCAUAAUAUUAUGGCUGAUUGGUCUUAUGGUAUUGUAUAGUAACUGUAGUUAGCCUGUCUUGUGUUUAAUGUCUUGAGACAUCAGGGUGAAUCAGUGCCUAUGCAUCACAGAGAGAGAGAGAGAAAAAAAAAAUUGGCAGAAUUGCUUUGCAGAAACAAGCGGCAAUGAGUCCGGCGUGUUUACAGGAAGUUCUCCGUUGCAGUUUGACUAAUGCAUGGUGUUUGGUAUAAACAUGAUAGAGGUAGAAAGAUUGUACUUACACAUCACUUUGCUGGGAACCUGUUUACUUGCCAUGGAUAUGUCAUCCUUUUUUAUAUAUAUAUAUACAUAUAUAUACACACAUGUAUUAAGGCCUGUAUAAUAACAUUUGAAUCCGCUGAUGCCUGCAUAACUAUUUCCCAUCUUCAAUGGAAUGGAUUGGCCUCCUUGGUGCAAAUAAAAGCAUUUGUGAAACAA